GACCUUAUGAUCGCUUUAAGACCCCAAACAUUUAUCUGGGGUCGAAGGUCAGAGGUUGAUGAAGAGGCACAUCAUCAAGAAGUCAGACCGCCAGGACUGACCUGAGAUCUGAUCCGGAGGAGAAAGGUCAGACUGACGAGCUGGAUUAUUGAUACGAGGCUGUUUCCUGAGGGACCUGAAGAGACGGAGGAGAAAGGACGGAGGGAUAGAACGAGGAGAGGAAAGCCGAGAGAAGGAGGACGAGCCACAGAGGUCGUGAUGGGCUGCAACAUGUGUGUGGUCAAACGUCAGGAGGAGCAGUACAGGAUCAUGCUCCAGCAGAAAGGAUGGAGCAGCUCCCUGAGACCGAUGGACCGCCAUGGAGACAUGAAGGUCAGAGGUCGGAGAACCUCUCAGCCACCACUAGACAGGCCGCAAAACUCCCAGGAGGCUUUGCAGCCGCCCGGCUCGGUGCGUAAGGGUCACAGGAGGAAAGGUACCAUCGUGUGUGGCAGCACCUCCAUCUCCUCUGUUACCAUGGUAGCCAUCCCUGACUGCAUGGACAGCGCCACGCAGACGGACCUCAGCUUCCAGAGCGUCAUGACGAUGGGGAGGAGCAGAGGUCACCACCACCACCACCACGGCCGAGGAGGCUCCUCCUCCCCUCCCCCUCCUCCCCCCUCCCCUCCCCUCCCUCACCUCGGGGGGCCGUACGGGAUCAAUGAGUUCUGUGUGUUCGAGUACAAUGACCCCAACGACUACUUUGACGUGUCUCAUCAUGAGGUGGACAGACAGGAUGACCUGGAGUACGAGGAGGUGGAGCUGUACAAGUCCAGUCAGCAGGAGAAGCUGGGUCUGACCGUGUGCUACAGGACGGAGGACGAGGAGGACCUGGGGAUCUACGUGGGAGAGGUUAAUCCAAACAGCAUCGCAGCUAAAAAUGGACGAAUCCGAGAGGGCGACCGAAUAUUACAGAUUAACGGAGUCGAGAUUCAGAACAGAGAGGAAGCGGUGGCCAUUCUGACCCGAGAGGACAGCAUCAACUUCUCCCUGCUGCUGGCCCGGCCCGAUGUGGAGAAUGAGAACCCCGUGGACCCAGAGGAGGACAUGGAGCUGACGCUGGAGGGAGGAGUUCUCCACCCAAACCCUCAAGCUCCCUCCUGCUCCCUCAACUCGCCUCAUCUCUCAGGCUACUACCGCCUCCGCAGGGGAGGAGGAGGAGGAGGAGGAGGAGGAGGAGGAGGAGGCCUGCCCUGCCCUGGAGGAGGUGGGGAAGCAGGACGUGGAGACGGUGCAGGGGGUGACAGGGAAGUGGAGGAGGAUGAGGAUGAAGAGGACGGAGAGAGAGGAGAGAAGGAGGACAGAGACCCCCCCGUCCCUCUCCCUCCUCUGCUGAACCUGGCCCCGCUGCUGUCCAACAGCCAGGAGCUGGACAGCGGCGUGGGCCGGACGGACGACAGCACCCGCUACGAGGAGCUGUCGGAGCAGGAGCUGCUGGGGGAGCAGACCAGCGCCUGCAACACCAACACCACCAACACGCCGGGGAGCAUCAGGAAGUUCAGACCCAGCCCCAGGCCCAGUCCCAGACUCAGUCCCGGCCUCGGUCCGAGUCCCAGGCCGACGCCCAGCCCUGGACGAGGGGACACCACCCCUCCCUUCCUCCACCUGCGAGACCUGCAGCUCAGCUCGGACUCUCUCCCCGGCCUCGAGUGGACGGCAGGUGGAGGAUCGGGAGCAGCAGCGUGCAGCCCCCACCACCUCCACCACAAGCACCACCACCACCAUCACCAGCCGCCUCUGUCCAUGAUGAUGAUGAUGCCGGGGCUGACGGAGGAGGAGUGCCAGCGAUACCAGGAGCUGCUGGAGAUUAAAUGUCAGUACGAGAGACGCCAUAAAAAACCUCACAGAGAGACGGUGAAGAAAGUUCUGGACGCCACCGAUGUGCACGCAGAAGGUCGGGAGGAAAUACAGGAGGCGGAACAGGAAGAGGAGGAAGCUACUUCCUGCCUGGUGGUGGAUGUGAACUGCAACGAGACCCUGAGCGAGCACGAGAUGGCGCUCAUCGACGAGGAGCUGCGCCACCUGGAGUUCAAAUGCCGCAAUAUUCUGCGGGCACAGAAGAUGCAGCAGCUGAGAGAGCGAUGCCUGAAAGCCUGGAUGAUGGACGAGGAGCCGCCAGAGAGACGAGACGUGGAUAACCUGGAUAACGAUGACAACGACGACCCUCAUCAUCACGAGUUGUCGUCCAUCAACGAGCUGCCGGAGCGAUUGGACGACAGAGACAGCACCAGCGCCUACAACACCGGGGGGGAGAGCUGCCGGAGCACGCCAUUGGUCAGCACGGAGCAGAUCCCGCCUCUGCAGGAAGAGGAAGACGAAGCAGGGCGGCGACUGAUGUCUCCGCCUCCUCUCCUCCCCCUGGGACUCCUCCCCCCUCUGAACUCCCCUCUGACCCCGCGGCGUCACAGGCGGGACAGAGAGAGACGCCACUCAAACCUCAGCUGCUCCUUCUCUCCAGGCACUUACAGGAAGUACGAAACAGCCAAUGGCAGCGGGGCAAAUGGCUCAAGCUCCACCCCCUCCACACCCUCCAAGUUCAGAUCUCUGACCAGGGAGGGGGCGUCGUCUUCAAGAAGGGGUGUGGCUGACCGAGGGCGGAGCUCCAUAGCAGAUGGAGCCGCCAACAGGCCUGGAGGAGGAAGUGCAGAGUCCAGUCCCUAUUUCAGCCGGAGACACCACAGCCACAACCAACCACCGGAGCGCUACCAGAGCUGUAUGACCCUGCCCUCCGAGGGCCUGGUGGACCCCCUGGACCGGGUCAGAGACCGAACCAGGGCCGAGGGGGAGGAGAGGGGGGCGGGCACAGGGAGCAGCGGCCCGGCCAGUCCGAGGAGCGUGAACAGCGCCCCCUGUGGUCUGGAGGACCGCCACGCUGGAGCCUCACGGUUAGGACUGGUCUUACCACUUGGGCUGACCCAGUCAUCACCAACGGCUUCACGGCAGCGCAUGGAGUGGAAGGUGAAGAUCCGCAGCGACGGGACGCGCUACGUGGCCAAGCGGCCGGUCAGGGACCGUCUGCUCAAGGCCCGAGCCAUGAAGAUCAGGGAGGAGCGCAGCGGCAUGACCACCGACGACGACGCCGCCAGCGAGAUGAAACAGGGCCGCUACUGGAGCAAAGAGGAGAGGAAGCAGCAGCUGCUCCGAGCCAGAGAGUACAGACGGAGACGAGAGCUCAUGAUGCAGAGCCGCCUGGACUAUCUCAAAGGAGACAGGGACCCGACAUUAGAGCACUGCUCCUCCCGACAGGACUCCCCCAGCAACAACAUCCUGUCACUGAGCCAGAAGAAGAUCACCAAGAAGAGGAACCGGAGAAUCCUCGACAACUGGAUCACCAUCCAGGAGCUGCUGGCUCACGGAUCCAGGUCGCCAGAUGGAAAGAAAAUAUACAACCCUCUGCUCUCUGUGACCACGGUGUGAUACGAGAACGGAGACGGAUGGAGGGAUGAAUGUGAAAAUACAAACUUGGACCUAUUUUUUGGAGCUGGAAGAAACAAUUUUGGGGAAAUAGGAUAAAUUCUGGAGAAAAAGAGGAAACUUUUAUGGCUUCAAACUGUGAAAAGGAAGAAAGAUAUGAAGGAUUCAAUAAAUGAGAGGAUACAAAGAACUAAAACAUCAGAAGAUAGCAACUUUAUACAUUUUAGGUUUGAAAACGAAUUGUGGAGUUAGAAAGUGAGAAUAUAUGAAAUAAAUGGAUCCUGAUGUCUCAUCUGAAGACGACAGGUUGUCUCAUCAAAGUAGGUAAAUGUUUUUAAGUAGGUAAAUUAUCAGAGAGAAGUUUGUUAAGACUUGUUAAAAAAGGGGAGUGGCGUCCAUCACAGACUCGUCCUGACAUAUGACCUCCUGUGUGGAGCAAUUUCGUUUGUGAACACUAAACUGGGCAUUAUAUUAUUUUUUUUUGUUGUUGCACAAAGAAUUCAAGCGAGCACAGAAGCAGCAUGAACACGAGGAGAAGAGCUGAAGCUGGAGCACAGAAUCUGUGCUGUCCGAGUGCAAGCUCACAGCCUGAGCACAAGCAGAGCUCGAAGCACAAGCAGGGGCUUUAAAGCUUUAUAAGAUCUGAACGUCAGGUCAUGAAGUCCAGCUCUCACAGUGAAUACAGGGAAAAUGACCUCCUGUAGCCUGAGCUCAGAUUCCGAGCCCAAAGUGAGGAGUCACAUGACCUGUGCUGUCAUACAGAGUCUAUGUGUCACACUUUGUUUUCAUAUAACGUUUCAUUUGAUUUUCUCCUCUUCAGACUUUGUACAGAAACGUAUGUGAUGACACAUAUUAAAAUAAUAGUAAAGUAUAAAGGAUGCAGCAGGAGGCGGAGCUCCAGUUUCAACACCACAAUGUGCAUUGGUGGAAACAUCCUCCUUCUAUCUCUGACGGACAGAUCUCCUUGAUCGGCCAUGUUCCUCUCAUGCCUUUCAAUUUAGAGGUGCAUCAUUUUCCCACAAUGCCUUUCGAAGACUCCAGGGGACCGAUAUGAUUGUUACGUGACUGUUUAUUUUUUACCUCAUUGUUACAAUGUUGAUAUUAUGUCCAUUAAAUUGUGAGGUCAUGAGGUCGAUCAUCGCAGCAGGAUGGUGGAUGAUGUGCCAGGCCUGUGUAACAGGAGAUAUUAUAAUGCAUGAAUUAAGUACUGAACUUUGUGGAUUAUGGACAUAUAUUAUGGACAUGUGUGAAAGUGCAAACAAUUUUAGAG